GAUACCCUGCCCGAAAUGGCAAACGGGGAGGUACCUUACCGCCAUCCCGGCUAUCCAAGCCUUGUCAAGCUUGCGCCAAAAAAGCGGGGGAUGGAGACAGAAGUUAAGCCGCGUAAAAUGGACGUGCAUCGGGGGUGUAACUUGCCCGUUUGGCGGGGAAUAUGUAGCGGGUUGCCUGGGUUUGGUGGGUUGCUACAUAUAUUGGUGGGAAAUUACUUGGGCGGAGAAGUAGGAGGCGGGGGGGAGAGAAGGUUCAGGGUAAAUUUUGUUGUUCCGGCCGGUUGACAGGAGGGGAGGUAAGGGAGGAAUCUUGUUCAUGUUGAAACUAAUAGAUUGAAUGUUUAUCGACAUCUCCAUUGC